AUGAGACCUGUUGUAUCCACUGGUAAGGCAUGGUGUUGUACCGUUCUAUCGGCAUUUGGUGUAGUUAUUCUUUCUGUCAUUGCUCAUCUCUUCAACACUAGCCAUGAAUCCUUUGUAGGAUCAAUAAAUGACCCUGAAGAUGGACCUGCUGUUGCACAUACUGUUUAUUUGGCUGCCUUGGUAUACCUGGUGUUUUUCGUAUUCUGUGGGUUCCAAGUUUACUUAGCCAGAAGAAAACCUUCGAUCGAGUUGCGUUAG